AUGGCUUCAAAGUCCAACAAUAUGGUAAUUCAGCCCGCUGGGAAAUAUCGGCUUCAGUCUAAGCGCAGACGUAUCGAUGACGAAGAAGCCGCGGGAAACUUCCCCGCAGCAAAGAACAGCGAAGAUGCUUUAGAGGAAGAUACGAUCGGACCCAUGGUUAAUGUUCACAGAGAAAUAACAAGUUCCACUUGGGAUGGCUGCAAAGCUAUUCGAAAGAUGAGAAUGGAGGGAGUCGAGCGGGUGAGCCAGAGGCAUGCGCAGCUGUCGACAGAAAUUGCGCAGCUAAAGCGGGAGAUGAAAAUUUUGACAAAGGAGAAGAAUGAUCUGGAGCAGAGAAAUUCUCGGUUGGAGGAAAAAAUCGAGGCUAUUCGCAACCAAGCCGCUCUUGGAAAAGCGGUGAGGGAGGCCACGGCGAAGUUGGCAAGCGGCGAUAACACGGAUCCCAAGUAA